CAACUGACAUAGCAAUGGAAAACUAUUUUGUUUUCAGUUUACUUCUGUUGACAGUGACCUUAAGUGGCACAUUUGCCGCUAGUUUGAAUGCAUAUCAACAGCCAAUCUGCCGAAAUCGAGCUGAUGGUUAUCGCCAUAUUGUGCCCGGUAGCUGCUCCAAGUUCUUCGAAUGUCAGCGAGGUGUUCCUAAGGAAUACUCUUGUCCCCGCUACUAUGAUCCUAUGCUAGACGGCUGUGUAUCAUAUAAUCCUGGCUGCAUUGAAACAGGAAAUGAAGAAAUAGCUCCAAGGGAUGUCGUGACAGCAACAACAGGAAAGCCCUGCAGCAAUAAAACUCCAGCUCCAACCACCCCAUGCUCGGGUGUUACAACUCAACCUCCCACGACACCUUGCGCAACAACUCCUAAACCAGUUACUCCAACACUUCCGCCAACAACAACUUGCUCAACAACUCCUAAGACAGUGACGGUAACAAUUCCUCCGACAACCACUUGCUCAACAACUCCUAAGACAGUGACUACGAAGCCAACUCCAGCUGCGACAACAACGUGCUCAACAACUCCUAAGACAGCGACUCCAACAAUUCCUCCGACAACAACGUGCUCAACAACUCCUAAGACAGUGACUGUAACAAUUCCUCCGACAACAACUUGCUCAACAACUCCUGAGACAGCGACUCCAACAAUUCCUCCGACAACAACGUGCUCAACAACUCCUAAGACAGUGACUGUAACAAUUCCUCCGACAACUCUAAAGCCAACUCCAGCUGCGACAACAACUUGCUCAACAACUCCUAAGACGGUGACUCCAACAAUUCCUCCGACAACAACUUGCUCAACAACUCCUAAGACGGUGACUCCAACAAUUCCUCCGACAACAACUUGCUCAACAACUCCUAAGACAGUGACUGUAACAAUUCCUCCGACAACUCUAAAGCCAACUCCAGCUGCGACAACAACGUGCUCAACAACUCCUGAGACAGCGACUCCAACAAUUCCUCCAACAACAACGUGCUCAACAACUCCUGAGACAGCGACUCCAACAAUUCCUCCGACAACAACUUGCUCAACAACUCCUAAGACAGCGACUCCAACAAUUCCUCCGACAACAACGUGCUCAACUACUCCUGAGACAGCGACUCCAACAAUUCCUCCGACAACAACUUGCUCAACUACUCCUGAGACAGCGACUCCAACAAUUCCUCCGACAACAACUUGCUCAACUACUCCUGAGACAGCGACUCCAACAAUUCCUCCGACAACAACUUGCUCAACAACUCCUAAGACAGCGACUCCAACAAUUCCUCCGACAACAACGUGCUCAACUACUCCUGAGACAGCGACUCCAACAAUUCCUCCGACAACAACGUGCUCAACAACUCCUAAGACAGCGACUCCAACAAUUCCUCCGACAACAACUUGCUCAACUACUCCCAAGACAGCGACUCCAACAAUUCCUCCGACAACAACUUGCUCAACAACUCCUAAGACAGUGACUCCAACAAUUCCUCCGACAACAACUUGCUCGACUCCGAAGCCAACCCCAGCUGCAACAACAACUUGCUCGACUCCCAAGCCAACCCCAGCUGCAACAACAACUUGCUCGACUCCGAAGCCAACCCCAGCUGCGACAACAACUUGCUCGACUCCAACGACAGUUUGUGCCACAACAACUUGCCCCAUUACGACACCAUGCACCACAUUGAAGCCACCUUGUGGAUCAGCGGUUAAGCAGUCGGCCGCAUCGCUCAGUAGACCCAAUCGUAGGCGCCCAAAUCGUGUGCGACCAAACCGUCUGCUACUUCCCGAGGCGUUGGAGGCAUUAGCAGUCAAAAAAACUGCAGCUGAGAUCGGCUGUGAGGGCAAACCCGAUGGUUUUCUGAUGGCAUCUCCUGAACGUUGCAAUGACUAUUUCAUCUGCCGUUAUCAAAGAGCCAUUAAGGUAAGCUGUGGUGAUAAGUACUUCAAUGGUCUGAAGGGCAUCUGCGAUCUGCCGGAGAAUACAGCCUGCGUGCAAUCCUAAUUGGAUUGCAUAGUUAAUGGCC